UGACUUUGUGUGAGAAAUUAUGUAGUUCAUUCUUUCCUACCCAAGACCACUGCUUCACUUGCUCCUGAUACCAAGACAAAGAAUCAAGAUGAUAUCUGUGGUGUUAUUGAUGUGCCUGCUGGGCUAUUCCCUGGCUGCUCCAGCUCCCGAUAGUGGAAGCGAUGAGCAGGUUGCAGCACAUGCCAAUGAGGCCCUGAGGUGGAUGGAGCUCUACAGAAUGUAUGGUUCCCUCGGACAACAGGCUGCACCAGUUCAGCCCUCAGUGUUGAAUGCCCCUGCUGCAGCCCCUGCUGCCCCAGCUCAAGCCCCCAACUUCUUCUACCCACCACCACCACCAAUGAACUCAGAUGAAGAGGCCCCAGCGCCCCGCUAUGGCUUCUAUGGCGGAUACUAUCCCUACCCUGGCCAGGCUGCCCCUGCUGCCCCCGCCGUCCCUCUGAACUCCGACGAGGUUGGAGAGGACGCGGUUGCCGCUGAAGCCGAGGCUGAGCCAGCAGUGGACCAUGCAGCUGAGGAACCAGCAGUUGUGGAUUCCGCCGCCCCUGUAGACCCAGCAGCUGCAGCCCCUGUCGACCCCGCCGUGGAGGAGUCUAUCGAUGUGGUUAUACCUGCUGCCGUCGACAUCCCUGCCACCAUUGACACUGUUGCCUCUGACGUCAUUGUUGUUGAUCCCGCUCUCAUAACGCCAAUCGACAACACCAUGGUGGCUGGGACUGCAGACCCCUCCCUCCAUGUUAUGUAGGUGCCACGGCAGACAUUCCCUCCUGUAGUCAUGGUAACAAAAAGGUAGAAACAACAGUGAUGGGAAAAGGGCGGGGCAGGAGCAGCGAGGUCGAUGGUAUGGCUACCUGAAUAGGGACUGAAAUGGAAUUUGGCGAAUACGUGGGAUCUCUGUGAACCUCCAUGUGUGAAUGAGCCUGUACUGUCAUUGUGCAGUCACAAAACAUUUGAUAAUUCAGUCUUUUCUCUGUGUUCUUUUUUCAUUCUUUAAAUAAA